AAACGUCAAGAAAAAAGAAUAAUAGUGGCACAAAAGAAAUUAGUUUGCAGACAGUGGUCCUUGAAUGCAAAGACAGAUAUACACAAACUACAAAUGCUGUGGAGGAUAAAGGCACACAAACGGAUGAGGCUGAAACAUAACAUCUAAUGGAAUUUGAUCCUCCAAAGGGGAAUAAGAAUCUUGGCAACACCUGCUUUUUCAACUCUGCGUUACAGGCAUUGUACUUUACCAAAUCCUUUGAAGAUGCCAUUUUCUGCCUGAAGAAAUUUGCACCAAGCUUGGACAGUUUAAAACUAACAAAAAGGGUGCUGGAUUUACUCGAGAAAAAGAAUGUUAAUCACACUCAGGAGUUGAGAGGUGUUUUGAAUGCAGUAAGAAGCAUAAAUAAUCAGUUUGGUCGUGGAACACAAGAGGAUAGCUACGAAUUACUAAAUACGUUACUUGGAGGAAUAUUUGAUGAACUUCAAAUUGCUAAUGAGAAUGGAACAUUGCGAUCAACAGAUACUGGUUCCGAAAAAAAUGAAAUAAGUGUGAAAAAUCUGUUCACGGGUUUAUUCAUAACGAUCUACGUUUAUGACUCCUGUGAUGAUGUUGAUGUUGACUUUGAAGAAUUUACAACUUUAAGCAUUCCAAUAGUAGAAGAUCUGGACCAUGGUUAUGAUAAAUUACCGCACCAUAGUUUACAAGCCAUUUCUUCGGAGGAACCAAACAUUGACAUAGAGAAAGGUUUGGCAGUCUUAACACAGAUAGAAGAAUAUGAAGAAAGUGAUCUACAAUGUCGAAUUUGCAAUAAAGAGGGUUCCGGAAAAGCCUAUAGACGAAUGUUGGUAUUUCAAACCCCGCCCGUUCUUGUAAUCCACAUUGAUAGAUUUAAAAUGAAUGAUUUGAAUCACCUUACGAAAAAUGCAAACUGUGUCCAGUAUCCUAGAAGAUUAAAUAUGGCCAAGUUCUGUUCAGUUGCUAAUACAGAACUUUCAACAAACGGUUUGAAUUACGAACUCUAUGCCAUCGUUAUUCACUCCGGUGCGCUUGGUGGUGGCCAUUAUUAUGCAUAUGUCAACGCCACAAGAAGACAUGACGUAAGAAAAUGGCAAGAACAUCUCCACAGAACGACCGGAGAGUUGGAAGAAUUAAAAAGUACAAUACAGGAAUAUUUGAGGGACAAACGUGACCUCCAAGAUGAUUCAAGAAACAUGGAUCCAUGCGAAGUGAAAGACAAUUGGUUUUAUGUCAGCGAUAAUAAUGUUCGUUCAGCAAAUGUUGGUGAAGUUCUAUGCCAUAAGGAUGCUUAUAUCUUAUUUUACGAAGUGCAAUAACAUUUUAUGUGUUAGAUGGAAAGCAGGCUUUUUCAGUCCUUGUAUCUGUGACAGAAAAAUUUCAUUGAUAAUGCUUUUUUAUUUAUUUUAAUCUAAACAAUACUCCAUACUAUUAAUGUAUUCCAUUGCAAAAACUUGUUUAUCUUAAAAUCUUUACUUAAUUCAUCUCAAUAAAUUUAAUUUAAAAAAUAUUGUCCUA